UACCAUCUUCGUUUUUUGACUAACAUUCCCAGGCGUAGCUUCGAACUCUCCGCCGAUUUGUUCCCAGUCCUCUCUCGUACCUGUUCUUGGUGAGUCUGAGCUCUCAUCAAGGCGGGCCCCGUGGUCACAGAAAACUUUCGAGCAAGUUGUCGCUUUAUUGGGCAUCAUGGAAAUAAGUUUCAAGGGAAAGCGUGCUUUAGUAACUGGUGCUGGAAAAGGGAUAGGUCGCAGUACUGCUAAGAUGUUAGUUGAAUGUGGGGCUGAGGUCAUCGCUUUAUCGCGAACCCAAGCUGACUUAGACAGCUUAAAGGAAGAGGCACCAACAAUCCAGACAGUUUGUAUUGAUUUGUCAGAGAUUGAAGCUGCAGUAAAGAAAGUAGAGAGGCUUGGUGACAUAGAUCUAUUAGUAAACAAUGCAGGAAUUGCAUUAUUGGAUCCUUUUGAAGAAAUCAAAAUGGGAGAUUUUGACAAGAUAUUUUCAGUGAAUGUAAAGGCACCUUUGUUCAUCACACAGGCUGUUUCAAAAAAGAUGAUCGCCAAGGGAAGUGGAGGAGCAAUAGUCAAUGUUUCCAGUCAGGCUUCAGUGAUAGCUUUGAAAGAUCACACUCUGUACUGUUCUACUAAGGCGGCUAUGGAUAUGUUUACAAAAUCAAUGGCAUUAGAAUUGGGCCCUUAUAAGAUCAGAGUAAAUGCUGUGAACCCCACUGUUGUGAUGACAGAUAUGGGCAGGAUAGGUUGGUCUGAUCCUGCAAAGGCAAAGCCAAUGCUAGAAACAAUACCACUAGGAAGGUUUGCUGAAGUGGAGGAUGUUGUUCAUGCCAUUCUUUAUCUCUUAAGUGAUAAAGCUGGUAUGAUUAAUGGAACUAUGUUGCCCAUUGAUGGAGGCCGUCUUGUUCAAUAGAUAGGCCAAACUGUACAUUGGAUACACCAUAUGCAAAUUGUGCUCAUUUUUAUUUUCACUCAAAUGUUAUGAACAAAAUGAAAAAUUGUCAUAUUUACAUAUGUUAUGGUAAAGGAUAAUUGUGUAUAUUUAGUAGUGGCAAAUAAAAUAAAUGAAGGUUUUAAGUUA